UUUUUUUUUUUGAGGGGUGCCAAUAAUUUCAUAGUUGACUGUAUAGCCUAUAUAACUUUUUGUUCCCUUUCCAAAAUGCGUCAGAGACAGAGUCAUUCCAGUUCUCUCAGUGAUAAAAAGAGUCACUAUAUGAUGAAGGCAGAUCUGAAUGGAAAGCUUGAAUUGCCUUGACAAGUGUAUUCUUCAUUAAUGCCAGAUUGGGGCAUGUUGUCACAUUUUUAUGUCAAAUCUUCAAUAUUUACAGCAUUUGCUGAAAAUUCUGUCUGUUUAUGGGUUGCAUAUCACUGCAUCCAGGGCGGACCAGCGGCGUGGUGACGUCACUGGGUGAGAUCAUGAUCCGCCAAUAGAAAGCGUGUGUUGUUCCUGCUUCCUGAUGUUGAAAACUGCGCUGCAGGAGCGGAUGCUGAGGAUGAGGAUGAGGAGGAGGAUCUCACGCAAGGAUACAGCCAGAUGAUCAGAUGGAAACACACGGCUGUUUUAUGUGACAGAACUCAGGGGUCACAAAGGUGGACACUGGCCUCGCUCCACAUGUGUGUGAAGGCAAGAGAGACCGGAGGACUUCUGGAGGGUUUUUAACGACCAGAAAUGUGCCACUUCAGAAGUGUUUUCACAACUACAGAUCCGUCGUCUGGUUCUGGUUCCUGUGGACAUUUGCCCUUCAUAGCUGAUAGACAAAUAUGGCAAAGAAAGACUAUCUGCUAGAUGCAGCCCAACAGAUUCGAAUGGCGCUGGACCGAGAAGUCAAUGAAGAUUAUGAGGCGGCCUUCAGCUACUAUAAGAAUGGAGUCGAUCUGCUGCUCAAUGGAGUUCAAGUGGAUCCAAAUAAAGAGAGACGUGAAGCCGUAAAGCGGAAGACCACGCAAUAUCUGAAGAGAGCCGAGGAGAUCUUCAUCUCUUACUUACAGGACAACAUCUCUAAAGGAUCCACUCAUUUAGGAGGUUAUAGUAGCUUACGGUUUCGGUCGAUCAGACAUCUAAGUUCGCCGGUGGAGAAUCUGGCGAUGUGCAAAGUCGUUGGAAUCAUUGAUAAGGUGCUGACGGUUGAAAGUCUGAUAAGCAAGGAGACAUUUAUUGUUAAGAGUUUACCCAAGUCGAGCUGGGAGAGUCGUGAGAGGUCGACCAUCAUUCCUCAGGGAGUGCCCUUCAUGGUGAAGCUGCUAAAAUACUAUGUCAGUGAAGACACUGUGUUCCUUCAUCUAGAACAUGUUCAAGGUGGAAGACUCUUUUCCAGACUUCACAGGGUCAGAAGUGAAGCAGUCAGGGAGUAUCCAGAGUGCUUCAGCCCCAACCAGCACAAGAUCUACCUGAAGAACAGCUACACCCUCCCUUCUCUCCACCAGGAGAUUUACCUCAAUGAGAACUGUGAGAGAACUACACCUCUUGAGAGGGCAGGGUGCCCAGCCGAUCAUUGUCUUGAGAACUGUAGAACCCGUUCCUACUGUGAAGAUACGGGGCGCCAACAGGGGGGUUCUCCAGGCUUGUGUGCAAUGAGGACAGAUAAUGCGCUUCCUUCUGAUGGUUCACACAAUGUUCUUAAUUCUUUACCUCAGGAUAAUAUCCCUCUUCCCGUUCAUCCCUGUGUGAUUGUGGACACUCGGGAUCCUCUUGAUGUCACUUCUGACCUUCUAGGAAAUGAUGUCCGGAUUGAGCGAAUUGACUCUUGCAUAGAUCUAAAUAAAGCUUGGAAUUCUUUAGAACCUGCUCAGGAUUGUAAAAAUUUCACUGUUCCAGGAUCAAACUCGGAUAUUCUAGGAUUCAGCAGUGCAGCUCAGAUUACUUCAGCCUCUUUAUUUGGUGAAAACGCACAACCAACCCUUUGCAACACAGUUGAUGUACUUCCACAGAGAGUUCGGAUAGUUCCAAACACAUCACAUUUACCUCCACGAAACCAAGCACAUGAUGGAUUUCCUCAUGAACAGGGUGUCACUAACUAUAAACUCAGUGGAAAUGGACAGCUUUCACAGUUUGUGGCUGAAUUGAGCAAAGUCAGUUCUCAUUGCAAUCCAUUUGAAUGUACAACUCAAAAGCAAGAGGGUAUCUCUUUAGACUGCACAAAGAUGACUUCUCGGGUUAACACUGUUGAUAUGGUGAGGGAGGUUGGGAAUGAGGACAUGGAAAACUGGCGUAUAUUCAGCCCUUCAUAUAAACAACCACAAGUUGGCAUUAUAUCCUUCCCAUCAGCACCUACUACAAACAGCUCCUGUUGGAGUGAGACUAAACUAGAAGACCCUCAGAUGGAACAGCUGGUGAAGGUUGAUGGAUUGGGCCAUCAUAUCCAAAAUAAGGCUAAGAAUUUCAGUGCCAAAUGGAAGUGGGGUAGACAGGGACUCCCCGAGGACAAGGUGCGACUGUGGGGGGCUCAGAUUCUGUUGGCCUUGGAAAGUCUUCACGAGCAGGGCAUCAUGUGUCAGGACCUCAACCCAAGAAAUGUUCUACUUCGCAGCAGUGGUGAGGCAUGUCUUACGUACUUUGGACAGUGGACAGAAGUUCAGCCUGAAAUUAACCCUAAAGCAAUGGAAGAGAUGUACUGUGCACCAGAAAUUGGAGGCGUGUCGAAAAUCACAGAGGCAUGUGAUUGGUGGAGUCUUGGAGCUUUGUUAUAUGAGCUUCUUACCGGCAUGCCGCUGUGGCAAUGCCACCCUACAGGCGUUCACCCUCACACUCCCCUCCAUAUCCCAGAGUUCCUCAGUACUGCAGCUGCCUCGCUUCUCACUGAGCUUCUCCAGUAUGACGCAUGUUAUCGUCUGGGAUCAGGAGGCGGCGGCGUGAGCGACAUCAAGUGCCAUCCGUUUUUUACCUCGGUCCCGUGGCUCACACUCAGCCGGUCACUGACGCCGUAGUGCCUUCUGAAAGUAUUCACCCUCUCCAUUUGUUUCUGCCUGUUACACCUCCAGACCCUGUGUGUUGAGCACAGAUGCACAAUAUUCAUUACAGAGUCUGAGUUUCCUCACUUUAAAAUGUAUUUCCCCUUGAAAAUAAUGACUACACAAUGUUGCAAAUCCUUAUUUGGCCUCAUCUACCCAGCUAACAAAAAUACAUUCUUUAAGUGACUAUCCCUUUAAGUUCCGAAAACGUUAUUUCUGAAUGUUCUUAGAAUGUUCAAAACGUCUAUUUUUUUUAAUGUUUUAAAAAAUGUUUUUUCUUGGUUAUGUAAAGCAUUGAGAGUGGAAACACCUCAGUAUGCUUUUAUUUGACCAGCAGAAACAGUGAAUGAGGGUGAAUCUUUACUGAAGCUCUGAAGUGGAUCAGGAUUUAUGGAUUCAUCAUGUACUUUUACCACCAUCUGGUGGUACCAGGAGUUAUUACUCCACAUCAGCAGUUUUCUACAUCACAUCACAGACCUGCAGUGAAAGCAACUGGAUUGCAGGGAAGCCCAUUUCUGCCAUAUAAGAAAAAAAAAAUCAUGCUUUUGUAAUUAUGACAUACCAAGUUAUAUCUAAGAGAUGAAAAGUCAGUGUGUGUAAUAACACACACACACACACACACACACACACACACACACACACACAUAUAUAUAUAUAUAUAUAUAUAUAUAUAUAAUUUAUAUAUAUAAACUGACAUACCAAGUUGACAUUAUGACUUAAAAGUAGAAAAUCUGACAUAAAAAGUCAAAAUUAUGACAUACUAUGUCAUAUUUAAUAGAUGAAAAGUCAAAAUUCUGAAAGUCAGUAUAAU